UGAGCACGCUGGCUGGGAGACUUUCGUAGUGUUUAUAAUUUCCUUGUUAGCAGGUGAAUAAUAAUUUGAGAAGCAACUAUCCACCUCACUGAAGUAAAACAGGAGUAAUUCGUUGAUUUAAUAACUUCAGCUAGAGCAAACGCGAUGCGUUUGGAGGUGGAAAGCGUGUGUUCGCUUUAACUGAGACAAGUUUCCACGUAGGCUAUUAUCGUCUCGGAGACUGAAAUGUUUUACAACUUAUAACAGAGAACACGCCAAGACAUGGUUUCAAAGCAUGGAAACAGAAGACGUGACGGUUAGAGAGCAACUAUUCCACGACCGAGUCCGAGAAACCAUUAUUUGCGUGCUGCUUUUCAUUUGCCUGUACAUCUUGUCUCACUUCAUUCUCACUCACUUCAAGAAGAAUGCUGAGUUUGUCACUGUCACUUUUCAUUUUCACUCUGUCUCCGUUUCAGGCUUGUGGAACCUAGUCUUCUUAUUCUCAAACCUUUCAUUGGUCUUCCUCAUGCCAUUUGCGUAUUUCUUUACUGAAUCCGAAGGAUUUGCUGGGUCCAAAAAGGGCAUUAUGGCACGAGUGUAUGAGACUGCUGUAAUGUUGCUGCUGCUCAGUCUGCUGGUGCUGGGCAUUGUUUGGGUGGCAUCGGCCCUCAUCCAUCACAACACUGCUCGUGAGAGUCUUUAUGACCUGUGGGAAUAUUACCUGCCCCAUCUUUAUUCUGGAAUCUCACUCUUUGGAGUUCUGCUGCUUUUGUUGUGCACACCCUUUGGGCUUUCACGUAUGUUUAGCGUCACUGGGAGCUUAUUAGUCAAACCUCGGGUAGUACAUGUAGGAAUCACAAGGUUUGAUCUGCUUGGAGACUUUGGACGGUAUAACUGGCUUGGCAGUUUCCACAUUGUUUUCCUGUACAAUAUGCUUUUUGCUGGACUCACAUCCGCCUGCCUCAUCAACACAGUCACAUGGGCCUUGCAAAGAGAACUCAUCCGUGCCUUUGGUCUCCACAGACUGCCUCUGACUGUGUCUCGAUCAACUAUCCCCCUCAAACUACUCCUAGCCAAUGGGCUCUCAAAGAUUCAUUGAAGAGCAAUCAGCUUUUUGAUCUAUCAUUGGCUACUGAAGCCUUUUACCUUCUGGAGAAGGUUCUGGAUCCCAGUCUAUGGCUUCUCUAUUGGACCAGAGCUAUUUUGUGUGCAUUUUAGGUAAACAAUAGUCACCAAAGAUGUUUACAAAGUGUGCCUGAACCAUAUACGUUGACCGAUGGGACCUUCUAAGUGGGAUUCUGCAACUGCAGUUUUAUGCGUAGUAAUAUUUACGAUUAGUACUGCAUUUAAUAAAGGGAUGUCAAAUCACUGGACGCCUUGAACAAAUGCCAUAUGAAACAAUGGCUACAGAGGACUUUGACAUGCGUCCAGACAGGAGAGCUAUUUCAGAGGAUGACAUCACAGCCAUGACCACGUUUCCUUUUCCUGGUGGUGGAAUGAGAGUGUUGAGUUGUCCUGGUGGGCCCCCACGCUUUCCCCUUGUAUAUCACUAUUUUUAGUGUCAUCCAGUGAAUUCAGUUCUGUUGGUCCUUAUUGCACUGGCAUUGGAAGUCCAGUCUGACGGGGUUUGUCUGCUUCUGAAUGAAGUGAAGAUCCUUGAGAAAAGGGAUGAAAGGAUAACAAGUGACCGUGAUCUUGAAGAUGAUGUUCACUGAGAAAACAAAUGGGGUUCUAGUUUGUAAAAUACACUUUUUGUAGAGUUUAGGUUUUAAAAUGUAUGUUUAAAAAAAAUGGCUGACUGAUUUCAAUCUUUAGGCCAAGACAGCUGUGAAUGUUUGGGGAUUUUGUUCCCUUGUUAUAUUUAAUAUGUGAAUCUUUAAUGUGCAAUAUUGUAUUAUGAAACGUCGACACAAUCUAACUUGACCUCCUUCCAGAAACUUGUGCUGAUGACCAAAAGAAGGUGUUUGGCCCAAUUAAGAACACCUAGAUUGGGCAAUAAGUUCAAAGUUUUGUUAGUUCUUAUGUUUUGGGUUGAGCUAUAUAGAGGGACAAUCAACGCACAUGAACAUUUCUUGUUUCACGGACACCAAGUUGCUGUGAUUUUAUAAAUGUGGACUUUUUGAUUCGAUAAUCACUCGUUUUAUAUGGUGCAGUAUUAUGGUGUACACAUUUGCUGAGCAAACUGUUGUUUAUUCUUUUGUAUGAUUCAGUUAUUUGUGAAUUUGCUUCCGUAUCAGCAUAAUUUUUUAAACAAAUGUCCUUCGAGUAGUGGCCAGUAGAGGACAGUGUGCCACAAAUCCAUCAUUGCAACAUCUCUAUCCUUCAGAUUCUUCCUCAGCCAUAUUUUAAUAACAUGAUACUUGCAUAAAACAGAUUUUCUUUUUCUUUGAGUAUCUUUUACAGUAAUGUAUCUAUUCUAAGUUGAAUGUGAAUCAUUGCUUAAAAGGGAUAGUUAGCCAAAAAAAAUUAAAAUUGUCACAAUUUACUCUCCUUCAUGUUGUUCCAAACCUGC